CAAGGCUGUCACCAUUUUCAGAUACGCAGGAGAGUGAGGCAGCUGUGGAACAUUUUAAGACUGCUGAUAUGUGUGGAACUUCAGAAAGUUGAAAUACAGUAUUCGCCCUCCCUGGCAAUGUCUAUGAUUUGCUUAGAUGACUUUGAAGCCCACGCUGAAUGUUCCUUGCCUUUAGCAGUAUGGGAUUUCUAUGCUGGAGGUGCAGAUGAUUGUGAAUCAAGAGACAGGAACCUGCUGGCCUUUAAAAGAAUCCGACUACACCCUCGAGUCUUGAGAGAUGUUUCAGCCGUGGAUAUGAGAACCAUCAUUCAGGGCACGGAGAUCAGCUUUCCUGUAGGAAUUGCUCCAACUGGUAUUCUAAGUAUGGCCUGGCCUAAUGGGGAGGUCAGCAUUGCCAAAGCUGCCGAUGCCAUGAAGACAUGUUAUAUUGCCAGUAUGUAUGCAACAUGCUCCAUAGAGGAGAUUGCAGCAGCCUCCUCUGGCUGUUGCUGGUUUCAGCUCUACAUUUUCAAAAGGCGUGAGGUUACUAAGCAACUGGUGCAACGGAUCAAGAGCCUGGGGUACAAGGCUCUCGUGGUGACUGUUGAUCUGCCUUAUGUUGGCAAGAGGAGAAAAGACAUGGUGAACAAUUUCAAGCUACCUGCCCAUUUAGAACUGAAGAACUUUGAAAUAUUUAAGAAAGAUAAAGAUCGUCAUGACAAUGUUCCUCUUUACAAUGAUGUCUUGGACCCAUCGGUAAACUGGAAGGAUAUCCAAUGGCUACGGUCCUUGACUGAUCUUCCGAUCAUUCUGAAGGGCAUCCUGACUAAGGAGGAUGCUGAGCUUGCAGUAAGGCACGGCGUCCAAGGAAUCAUUGUGUCCAAUCAUGGAGGCAGACAGCUAGAUGGAGUACAGGCAACUAUAGAAGUGCUGCCAGAGAUUGUUGAAGCUGUGAAGGGCCGUGUUGAAGUCUAUGUAGAUGGAGGAAUUCGAAAAGGAACUGACGUCCUGAAAGCAUUAGCACUUGGAGCGAACUGUGUUUUCAUUGGUCGUCCAGUGAUUUGGGGAUUAGCCUAUAAGGGUGAAGAAGGAGUUAAAAGCAUACUUCAGAUUUUAAAAACCGAACUUCAUACAGCACUAGCUCUAUCUGGAUACAAGACUCUCUCUGAGAUUGACAGGACACUGGUGCAGUUUGCAAAGCUUUAGAAGUGGAUGAGCAUCAUUGAUCACAAACAAAAAUUUGAAAAUGAAUGCAUUCCAUGGUUUGAACAAAGUGAUUAACUGCAUUGAUUGGGGUAUUUCAUUGAUUAAAAUGUACCUUUGUA